GGGAGGGAGAGGGAAAAAAGAGAGAGAUGUCAGGGAGUUACAAACAGAGAAAGAGACAGAGACGAACGGGGAAAGGGAGGACAUAACGAGAGAGGAGAAGAAAAGAAAGAAGAAGGAACAGAGAGGACAAUAAGAAGCUGAAAGGCCAUCCCUUGAAUAUUUCUUGCACCACUGGACCUCCUGUUUGCAUGUGUGCAGUUUUAUGUAGCUGCAGUUAACAGGAUCGGCUUGUUUGUACAUUCAUGCAAGACAUAGUCAGAGGAUGGGAGCCCUUCGCCACACUCUUGCUCUCAUCUUCCUCUUCUCAUCUACUGUACAAGCCCAGUGGUGGAGUCUCCUCUGGGCAAACCCCCAAACCAGCACCAGCUCUACUCCUACCUCCAUUCCUCCCAUCGUCACUUCUCCAUCCAUUAUCUCCCUGGGCCCUUCUGACACCCCAGGGACAACAGAGUGGGUAGUAACGGAGGACGGGGUGACAGAGAAAGCUCCGGAGGGUAGCACUCAGACAGAGGCAUCUGUGCAGUCCCCUUCACCAAGCCAAGGAGUGUCAAUCUUUGGCAACAGCACUGCAGAACCUGGGACGUUACCUCCAGAGGAGAACACAGGAGGAGGCAGCAAAGCCAGGGCCCAAUACAAACCACUGAAACACUGGAAGAGUGAGCGAGGCUCAGGAGGUCAUCUGGACCUGACAGAGUUAAUUGGCGUUCCCCUCCCUCCCUCCGUCUCCUUCACUCCUGGCUAUCAGGGCUUUCCAGCCUACAAAUUUGAUCCCGAAGCCAACAUCGGCCGGCUCACCAAGACCUUCGUGCCAGGGUCCUUCUACAGGGACUUUGCCAUCAUUGUCACGGUGCGUCCAGCCACUCAGAGAGGAGGCGUGCUCUUUGCCAUCACAGAUACCCAUCAGAAGGUGGUGGAGCUGGGUUUGGCCCUUACUCCGGUGCGUGGGGGCCUCCAAAGCAUCUUACUAUACUACACUGACAGAGAGAAAGCUUCCCACAGCCACAAAGCUGCUUCUUUUAGUGUCCCAGACAUGACCGACCAGUGGACACGAUUCACGUUGGUGGUGGAGCAUGACGAGGUGCGUCUCUACAUGGACUGUGGAGAUGGUGAGAGUACUACUUUCCAUCGGAGACCAGAAAGACUCAACUUCUCGCACAAUUCAGGCAUUUUUGUAGCUAAUGCAGGAAACACUGGGCUUGACAAGUUUGUGGGAUCCAUUCAGCAGUUGGUGAUUAAAGAUGAUCCCAGAGCAGCUGAGGAGCAGUGUGAAGACGAUGAUCCUUAUGCCUCGGGAUACACCAGUGGAGAUGAUGCUUUGGAUGACAGAGAGACAGAGGAGGAAAUGAUGAAGAACACACACGACAGAAAACAUGGCACAGCACAGGAGGAGGAGGACAGUGUUCCAGUCAGAGCUCCGCCCACUGAGGUGCCAGAGGUGGAGCUUGAUGAGUACUCCGGUCACCAGACCCCAACUGAGGCCAGUGAAGAGAUACAGAUGAGAGGGCCACACCAGACAGAGGAGCCAGGGGAGAGAUCAGGAGAUGGUCAUGUCAGGCAUGGGUUAAAAGGAGAGCGUGGAGAUCCUGGACCCAGAGGUCCACCUGGCCCACCUGGUCACCCAGGCCCCACCCCUCUACCUGGGCAAGCUCAGCCUGGACCAAGAGGCACACAAGGACCACCAGGAAUCCCUGGAUCCCCAGGACUGCCAGGGAAAGAUGGACAGGCGGGAAGCAAGGGGGAUAAAGGAGAUCCAGGUCAGAGAGGAUCUCAGGGAGUUCCAGGUUUGGAUGGAGAAGCUGGAGCUAAAGGAGAGAAGGGAGACCCAGGAGUUGGUGAACCAGGCCCUCCCGGCCUCCCUGGGCCUCCUGGACCCCCCAGAUCACGCAGUGUACCGUAUGGAGCAGAUGCCCUGGGUUCUGGGUUUGAAGACCUGGACAGCGACACUGAAGUCAUCAGGGGUCUUCCUGGUCCACCAGGGCCUCCAGGGCCUCCAGGGCCUCCAGGACGUCCUGAUGCUGGUGGUACUGGAAACCUGUCAUCAUCUGACACAGCUGAAGGCCUCUCUCCAGGGCUUGCUGGACCACCCGGUACCCCUGGCAGAGACGGGCUCCCAGGCAGACCUGGAAUACCAGGUCCUGCAGGAAAAGAUGGGUCUCCAGGUCUCCCAGGAGCUGUCGGAGAGAAGGGUAACCAAGGGUUAUCUGGGCCACCUGGACCUAAGGGUGAAUGUGGUACUAUGGGUACAGCAGGGUCCUCAGGGCCACCAGGGCCAAGUGGUCCACAAGGGAAGAGAGGCCCAUCAGGUCCCCCAGGACCCCCUGGCCCUCCCGGACCUCCAGGAACCAAAUUCUUUGUAGAGGAUAUGGAGGGAUCUGGGAAGACUGACAUGCUUAUUGGAGCUGGAGUCAGAGGCCCACAGGGUCCCCCUGGCAUACCUGGCCCACAGGGACCUAAGGGUGAGAAUGGAGCCACAGGUGCUCCAGGGCUUUCUGUCAAGGGUGAGCCAGGAGACCCAGGAUCAGAGGGUAUUCCGGGUCCUGCUGGACUACCAGGUGCUAGGGGGGCCAAAGGAGAAAAAGGCAAUCAAGGACCCAAGGGUGAUCGAGGCGUUGAUGGACUCAGUAUCCCAGGACCCCCUGGGCUUCCUGGACCUCCUGGACCUAUCAUUAAUCUGACAGAUCUGCUGCUCAAUGUUACAGAUGGUAUCUUCAACUUCACAGAGAUCAGAGGACCACCAGGGCCCAUGGGCCCUGAAGGCUUGCCUGGCAGAGCUGGAUUUCCUGGUCCCAGAGGACCGAAGGGAGACAUAGGCCCUCCAGGUGUCCAGGGGCCUGCAGGGUACAAGGGAGAGAAGGGAGAGCCGGGGGUGACCAUUGCUGCUGAUGGAUCUCUCUUAUCAGCGCCAAAAGGCCCCCAGGGGCCCAAAGGCAUCAAGGGUGACCGUGGGUUCCCUGGACCUGCUGGACUUAUGGGCCCAAUAGGACCAUUUGGACAAAAAGGAGAAUAUGGCUUCCCUGGUCGCCCCGGCCGAUCUGGUGUGCCUGGGAGGAAAGGGGACAAAGGAGAUGCUGUCGGCCUACCGGGACCUCCAGGUCCUCCGGGCCCACCUGGACAUCCAGGAAAAAUUAUUGGGCUGAAAGGAACAGUGUUUCCGGUGCGCCCCAGACCGCACUGCAAAAAGGGACGAGAGUCAUUGAGAGGGGAAGCGUUAGCUAAAGGAGACAAAGGAGAUGUGGGAAUACCUGGAGAGCCUGCACCCGGGUUUCCAGAUGGAAUUGUGGGUGCAAGAGGUGAUCAGGGAUACAAAGGUCAGAAGGGAGAGAAGGGUGACGACGGUCUGCCUGGUCCUCCAGGACUGCCUGGGAGGUCAGGACUUGUGGGUCCAAAAGGGGAGUCGAUCGUGGGUCCUCUAGGACCUGUUGGUCCUGUGGGCGAGCCUGGGGCCCCUGGGUUCGGACGACCUGGUCCCCGAGGGCCGCCUGGUCCUGCUGGACCCCCAGGACCUGCACCCGCAUAUGAAUCGGGUGUCAGUAUCCCUGGCCCUCCUGGUCCUGCCGGCCCACCGGGAUCUCCAGGAUAUGCCAAUCCGGUAACUAUCUAUAAGACGAGCCACGCUCUGAGCAGAGAGACUCACCGGGCUGCAGAGGGAACCUUCGCCUAUGUGUCUGAGAAGGGAGGAGAGCUCUACAUCAGAGCGCUCAACGGCUGGCGCAAGAUCCAGCUCGGAGAGUUAAUCCAUUCGGGACCUUCCCCUGCAGCAGCGUCUCAGACCCGACCACCAGAGUGGAUUCAACCACACAGGAUCCACAGCCAGGAGCUUCAAGAGGGCAGUCGAGGAUAUCAGCCCAGCUAUAAUGUACUACCACAGACCUUCAACGCUGUACCUGGGCUCCAUCUGGUAGCACUGAACACCCCGCUGAAAGGGGACAUGCAUGGCAUUCGCGGGGCAGACUUCCAGUGCUACCAGCAGGCCCGCUCCAUGGGGCUAACAGCCACUUACAGGGCCUUCCUGUCCUCACACCUCCAGGACCUGGCAACCAUCGUGAGGAAGGUGGAUCGCAAUGACAUGCCUGUAGUGAACCUCAGGGGUGAAGUGUUGUUCAGUAGUUGGAUGUCCAUCUUCUCUGGGAAUGGAGGCACAUUUGACCCCUCCACACCCAUCUACUCCUUUGACGGACGCAACGUGAUGACGGACUCAGCAUGGCCAGAGAAGCUGGUAUGGCACGGCUCCAAUACGGUGGGCAUCCGUGUGACCACUAACUACUGCGAGGCGUGGAGGACGGCUGAUGUGGCGGUGACGGGCCAAGCUGCGCUGCUGCAGACAGGACGACUGUUGGGACAACACACCCGCUCCUGCUCCAACCACUACAUAGUGCUGUGUAUAGAGAACACAUAUGUGGGGAACACGCAUCAAAGGAGGCCCUGAGGAGACCGAGGAAACACGCACACUCGCUCACAUUAACACACAUGCAGGCGUGCUGAAAGUGCAAGAGUAGAACAUGUGACACAGUGCACGUACAUUUUCAUUCGAAUGGGAAACACAUGCAGGCACAUUAUGAUGACAAAUCACUGCAUAGAACUUACUUUCAAGUACAUAGACAAAAGGCACUUUUGUUUAUACAUGCAGAAAAAAUACACACGUUAUAUGCAAAAAGCAUGCGCCUACACUCGAGCACAGAACAGUGAACACAUGCAACGUGCACACACAUUUGAGUUCCUUUCACUUUGUUUAGUUUCAUCUUUAGCGCCAAUGUGUAAUCCAACACUUUAUCAUGUUGCCAUGCAUCCAUCCUAGUCAAAUUUCUUAUUAUUUAUAUUCACUAUGAAUAUGUAACAGCACAGAAUCAUCACACAGGACAUGUACAGUAUGUGUUGUUGAAGUGAGAGAUGACUCUGGAUAUCAGGGACUGACACAAGCUGAUCUGAUCAUUCCCCUCAUCUGCAAAUCUGUUCUACUUUACAUUUUUGCUGAUCAUUUUCAAAUGUAUGUCAUAGUCUUAGAUUUUUUUUCUUAAUAUUUUUCCUACAGUUCGAUGCAGCCAUUGGUUUCCAUCCAUUUCCCCACAGUAUCAAGUCUGCAUUAUAGUUAUUUUCAGUGUAAUGUUACUGUUGCAUGGUGAUGCAGAUUAGGUGUGGAUUGUUUUUUUAAGGCCAGACCCUACAGGCAAAAACAUUUAUUUUUAUUUUAAUUUUAAAGUUGUUGGGCUAUUUUUCUUCCAUAACCUGUUUUCUUUUAGACUAGUGGAAAGAAAUACACAAUUAGCUGUUUAUUUUACUAAAUUGUGUCUGCAGAUGUUUUUCAGAAGGGUGUAUAGGUCGUUUUCUCAAAAACAAAUUCUCAUACUCAUGUUUAUAUCACAUUUUAUUUAAAAAAACAUGGCAAACAUGUAUUUUUGUGAGUGAUAAAAAGAGAGGGAAAAUUCCCUCUGUAAAACCCUUUGACUCUAAUAUGUCAACAAAAUGAAACAAGAAUUUUGAACCUGGCUUUGUCCAAUGUUUAGAUUUCUGUUCUGGAAUUAUGGAUUUAUGCAAAUGAGCGCAUAUUUCAUUAUAUAAUGCAUCAUUUGCAUAAUUAUUUAAACAUAACUUGUAAUACAAAAACAAUCCCGUCUUAAUGUAAGUAAUCAACUCGGGAAGUUUCAUGAUACUUAUUAGUCCAAAUGUGUACCCUAUUCAUUACCUCAGAACAAUAACAAAUUCUGACAAAAGUAAAGCAGACUUGAUGUUCACUGUGAUGAA